AUGACGCUCAGCGAUGGGAGCCCUUCAACGCCGCAUUCCCCGGGUGCACGUCGCAUCGCUGCAGCUGCAAGGAUCGCCGCUGUCGUCGGGUGCGUCGCUCUGCUCGCCGCGCUCUGCCUCCUCGAGCCGCGCCGAGCUGGCCUUGCGACACGCGCUGAUGGUGCCGCCGAAAGCAGCAGCAGCAGCAGCAGCAGCAGCAGCAGCGCGGCUGUUAGUUUCUUCGCAUUCGGCGACUGGGGUCGCAACGGGACCUUCAACCAAUCGCUCAUCGCACAGCAGAUGGGUGCAGUGGGGCAGCAAAUGGCGCCGCAGUUCGUGGUGUCGGUGGGGGACAACUUCUACGACGAGGGGCUGACGGACGUGAACGACGACGAGUUCGCGCGCUCCUUCACCAACAUCUACACGCACCGCACCCUGCAGGUCCCCUGGUAUGCAGUGCUGGGCAACCACGACUACUACGGCAACGUUCUCGCUCAGCUGCACCCAGCCCUCGCCAACAGGGACCCGCGCUGGGUGUGCCGCCGCAGCAUGGCGCUCUCGCUUCCGCUCUGCCCCUCCGCCAGUGUUGACUGCGUUGACCUGGUUGACCUGUUCCUAUACGACACCACGCCCCUCGUGCCCGCGUACCGCCACAAGAAGGGGCGGCGCGUGGACUGGCGCGGACUCAACUCCGCCAAUUGGACGCUGCAGGAGGCCGCGCAGCUGCAGGAGCUGGAGGGGUGGCUGGGCAACUCGCGGGCGCGGUGGAAGGUGGUGGUGGGGCACCACCCGGUGUUCAGCUACGGGCACCACGGCGACCAGCAGGAGAUGAUCGACCGCGUCAAGCCGCUGCUCGAGCGGUACGGAGUGGACGCAUAUCUGAACGGCCACGACCACGACAUGCAGCAUGUGAAGAGGGAUGACAGUCCAGUGCACUAUUUCACGGUGGGAGGCGGUUCCAAGGCGUGGCGCAGCGACGCCCCCUCAGAAGCCCCCGGGCUGCGCUUCUACUUCCCAGGCCAGGGCUUCAGUGCCCUGCAAGUGGACAGAGACCGCCUCUCAGUCACCUUCUAUGGCGUGGACGGCCAGCAAAUGUACUCCACCACUCUGGAAAAAUGA